AUGCUUGGAACAAUUUCUAUUAUUUAUUUACUAAUAUUCAACGGUGCACGUCUUGUAGACUGCGGGAUCAAUAUGAACUUUUGGAACACCACCUCUCCGCACUAUGUCCACAAUUUCAGUUGGAGGUUUCCUGCCUUCACUGGAAUGCUCACUAUGUCCUAUUUUAUUCAUAAUGCUAUCAUCACUAUGCUUCGUAAUCAGAGGAAUCCAGAGAAUAAUGUACGAGAUCUCUCCAUCGGGUUCGGACUUGUGGCGUUUAGUUAUACUUUUGUGGCACUAACUUUCUAUGUUGCUUUUCCAUUGCCAAGGAGUUGCAUCGGUGAUAACCUCCUGAACAAUUUUCAAGCCAACAAUCCGAUGAGCGCUGUAGCGCGAGUGCUGAUUUUCUUCCAAUUGCUGACGAUACUUCCUCUUAUAAUGUAUCUCAUUCGUUCACAGAUUUCCUGUGCCUUAUUCGAUACACCAUGGCCAGGGUAA